AUAGAAGCCCCCAGUUCUAAUGGCAGUCAUAUGACCCCGGUCUGUUGCGUCCCCAGGCCUGACCCAGACAUGACCUGCCCCCCCAGUAGCCACACGUUCUGAUCACCCCCACAGAAAAACAGACAGUGAUACAGACACACGAACAUACCACCACUAGGGAGCUAGAACCUUGAUACGCGGCUCACCUGCCUGCCUGCCUGCCUGCCUACCUGACGCUCCUGGCGUAGGCCGGGCGUGGCGGUGGACUGGCGGGGGCGAGGGCGGCGCCGCACAGGCCUCGAGGCGCCCCUGUGUAGCAAGUGGCCGCGAGUGUGACGAUGGAGGCCGCCGAGGGAAGGCGCGCUCCGGAGGCUAGAGUGUAGAGCGGCGCCCCAGCCCGAGUAGAGCUAGGCGGCUCGCUAAGUGACGAGGCGCCGGAACAAACCUUGACUGUGUUGAGCCGAGUCCAGGAGCCUCAGUGAAGCCAGUGUGAGAGGCGGGAAUAAGGCGCCGAUCACAGAGAGACACACGACUACACGAACUCAAACCUACUCACACACGCACUCAAACACACCUAUACGCACAUAACUAGCAAUACAAAACGGGUACACGAUUACUGACACAUUCACACACACUCACAGCAAUACGAUACGAGUCCAUUCAAUUUUACACCAAGUCAUACAUUCAGACACCAGAAAGACCUUUUGAAGGCACUUGUAAACGUUAUUCUGUCCUUCAUUGCCUUCUCGAAACGUUCAUUCAUCAUUUUUCAUCACCAGAGAAAAGAUACAUUGAAUAGGUAACGUCAGUCAGUUGCUUUUCAUCUCAGUUAUCAGUAAACGUCAUAAUCUGAUCAUACAAAACAUAAAGUCUUAAUAAAUUGAUAUAUAACAUAACCAAGUAUACUGUAUAUCCCUCCUGUCUUUCUCCCCUUUUCCCCAGUCGAGUGAUAAUAAUAAUAAUAAUAAUAAUAAUAAUAAUAAAAAUAGUAAACUGAGAGUAACUGUUGAUAUCAUUCUGUCUCUCUUUGAAGAGUUUUCACUCCUUAUUCUUAUUAAUUAAACUUGUAAAGAGGUAAUCUUUAAACUGAACUUUCUUCCCUCCUGAAUUCCCGUCCCGUUGAAGUUCUAGAACUCAUUCACUCACUCACUCAUUCACUCACUCACUCACUAAAGGGAUGGUUUUUCUCAGGGUCUUCAUGCCUCCCACCUGUUCAUUCGUCCUCCCCGCCCCCCCUCUGCCAAUAUGUUAACGCCACGGUCACCACCACCGCACCACCACCGCCACCACUCCCUCUACCACCUCCUCCCCCACCAGUCACCGCAUCACCACCACCACCUGACCCUACCUCACCACCACCACCACCACUUGUAUCAUCACCAUCAUCACCACACGAAUCACCACCACCACCACCACCAAGUUAGCUCCAACCACCACCACCACCACCACCACUGCCACUCUCACCACCACAUACACCCCCACCAAGACAAGAGCGACACCCAACCACCACCACCACCACCUCCGCCACCACAACCCUCCUCUCAGUAAGAAGUGUGAGCGUCUCCCCUACCACCACCACCACCACCACCUCCACCACCACCUCCACCACCACCACCACCUUUUGUAGAGCAAGGGAGGCCACUCCAUAAAUCAGUCUAUAUGAAAAAGGUAUGCGUGGUAUUCCACCUUAGGGCGCCGUGUAUGGAGUACCACACGACAAGAAAAUCCUCUUCCUGCUACGAGCUGCACGUGAUGUUUCCUAACCCUGAGGGGCCUGGAUGUUGCGCUAUUCUCCUCACCAUCGUCUCUUACCUUCUUAUCCUCGCCACCUUCCCCUUCUCACUAUGCAUGUGCAUCAAGGUCGUUCAGGAGUACGAGAGGGCCGUCAUCUUCCGCCUCGGUCGCCUCCUGAAGGGCGGUGCCAAGGGCCCCGGCAUCUUCUUCGUCGUCCCUUGCAUCGAUUCCUACAGGAAGGUCGACCUCCGAACCGUUUCUUUCGACGUCCCGCCGCAAGAGGUGUUAUCCAAGGACUCAGUAACGGUGUCCGUGGAUGCAGUGGUGUACUACCGAGUGUCCAACCCUAUGGCUGCCGUGUGUAACAUCUCCGAUUUCAGCCACUCCACCCGCUUGCUGGCCGCGACCACUCUAAGAAACGUCUUGGGUACGAAGAACUUAGCGGAGAUCUUGAGCGAGAGAGAGAGCAUUUCCCACAACAUGCAGAGCUCCUUAGACGAGGCCACGGACCCUUGGGGCGUCAAAGUGGAGAGAGUAGAGAUCAAAGACGUGCGGCUCCCGGUGCAGCUGCAGCGAGCCAUGGCCGCCGAGGCCGAGGCAGCGCGAGAGGCCCGAGCCAAGGUGAUCGCCGCCGAGGGUGAACAGCGUGCAUCCAGGGCCCUCAAGGAAGCAGCGGACGUCAUCAACGAGUCCCCCGCAGCACUCCAGCUGCGCUACUUGCAAACACUCAGUCAAAUAUCGGCAGAGAAGAAUUCGACCAUCAUAUUCCCUCUUCCAAUUGACUUAAUCAACAAUCUUGUUUCAAAGUAGGAAAGCUCCGCUACCUGCAAACCCUCAACACUGUCUCUGCGGAAAAGAACUCUACUAUCAUCUUCCCAGUCCCCAUUGAUUUCAUCCAGCACUACAUGAGGAAAUAGUUCUGCCUAGUUCUGCAAGCAUCAUGGACUCCAAUAGGUUACUUUGGUUUCUUUGAUCAGUCACCUCCUUAGAACAGUGAGCUCAAAAGUUAGUUAAACAUCACUUUUUUUUCUCACAGAAUGAAAGCAGGAUUUCAACAGCCAGUUCUCGAAGCUACGGGAAGUAUUUUGUAAAGGAGUAACUUUUGCCUUAAAACUCAUGACUGACGAUUCCAUGGAUCCUGAGGGAAAUCAGUUCUUGAUAAAUGAAUUUUAGUGUAUAUAAUUAGAUUUUUAAAUAGUUAGGUAUUCCAUAUAUUAUCUUGCUAUGAAAAGUUUGAAUAGAUAAGUUAGGAAAUGGUUAUCCGUAGAUUUGAUUAUCUACUUCUGAGUUGUUAGUUGUAUACAGAUUUCAGUUUAAAGGCAUAAAGGGAAUUAUUUUGGUGAAGAUAACUUUAAUUGAAAGCAAUAUGCUAAAAAAAAUAUUUUCAUAUACAUGCAACAGUUGUCAUCAAGAUUGGAGAAAUUACUUUACUAGGAGGAAAAUAGCCAGUUGGAACUUCCUUGAACCUAACCAUUAAGCCUUUUUUUGUGUUGUGAGAUACAUUAAUCACCAGUCUUUACUUGUCUAGCUUGUAAUGAAUUUGUCUGGUAUUUUACAUAACUGAUUUAUCAUUGAUUUCAAUAGCUAUUAGGGAGUCAUUAAUACCUAUUUGAUUAACGGUGGCUUCUGAGUUGCUAUGAUUUAUACUCUUACAGUUGCACCUACUGACAGGUAAAGACACAAUGGACCACUUAAUUCAAAUGGUAUUAACUUUUAAGGAAGUGUGAGAGCAUCAGCAUCACGCACUCUGACUCAGUGCUUGAACAACAGACGGAAAGUUCAACGAUACCAGAUACUUUUGAGAAGUCUUCAGUGCUUUCUUAUCUUCUUCAAACACUGGAUCAGAACAGCUUGAUUACCAGACAAGCAGAUUACGAAGAUAGGUUUUGUAUAGAGAAUACAGGUCACUCUAGCAGUCUAGAACAUGUCUUGGGAGACUUACUAUGAUUGUUAUUGGAAAUCCAAUAGAAGUUGAGGUUCCAAUUUCUUGGUUGACCCUCAUGAAAUGAUGAAAACUGUUUCAUACAGUUCUUUCUUUUAAAGAAAGAAAUAUCUUUAUAUAUCAUGAAGAAGUAGAAGUAAACCUCACCUCUGUAUAAAUGUUUCAUAACAUUGGCCCUCCAUCAAUGUAGAGAAAUUAAUAUUUAUAUGCUUAUUAGACUGAGAGGUUUAUAUUACCCACAGUUACAUAGGUAUAAUUCCUACUUAUUUGACUAGUUAUCAAAUUGAUUAUGCAUAUUAUGUUAAGUUCAAAGAAUAUUGGGAUACCUGCACUCCAUAUUAGCCUUAGUAGAAUAGCCUAUCUUUAGUCAUUUGCAGAAGCUUGUUUGCCUGUUUUCCUGUUGACUUCCUUGUGCUCCUCCUGCUGCUCCCUUCAUGACCGAUAUUCUCUUAUGUCAAAAAUGUUAGUCAGAAAAGGAUCAGCCACAGAGGAGACAGGGAAGUCAUGGUCUGCUUGCAUUCACAGUGACUGUGAUGUGUGUCACUGCGUGGCGAUGCACUGCCGUGUUGGGCUGCCCGGCCACCCAGACCCCAGCCAGCCAAGACACUGGUUUAGAUUUGUACUCGUUUUACAUUACCACCAGUCAUAUCAAAGCCAUAGUGCAUUUUUCUUUGUUCUUGUUGCAAUUAGAACCUUAGCAAUGUACUCACUGAAGCAGAGGUUCCCGGCCUGGGACGCCACACCUCCGGGGGUGAAAGAGGGAAUUUCUAAGGGUGACAAAGUGGCUUGUGUAGAUUAAUUUUACUGCUUAAGUUUUUAUCUGAAUAUAUUGGAAUUAAUUGAACAAUUCAGAUUUCCAUUUAAUGCAAUGAGUUAAGAGCUUAUUUUUAAAAUCAAUUUGUUCACAGGAAAUACAGUGAAGUUUAAUUUGUUACAAAAAUUUGAAAUUAGCCUUAAUCUUCAUAUGUGACAUCACUUUUUGUGGAAGGUGAAAACAUCAGUCAAACAUUGUGGGGCACAGGAAGGCUUGGGAACCACUGCGCUAAGUUGUAAAAAAAAAAAAAACUGAGUGAGUACUUAUACAUUAUGUAUCUUUCUUAAAUAUUUCAGUACUUCAGGCCAAGCUGAGCACUAGUUACUUUGGCACCGUGCAGGAAACUGUAGGCAUACUCCUGGUGGAUAAAACUGCCAGUUGUGUGUGAUUCUAAAGAAAGGAAAAGUAAUGUUGUUGCCGCCACUCCCUCAAGCCGUGGGGACUUAUCCCUCACCGCGCCGGGCUGCCGGGCUGGGGCCCCGGGCAGCUGUGUCCCUUGUCAUGUUGUGCAGUGCAUCUCAGGUUUGUUUUUCUGAUUGUAAAUCAUAACAUAUAAUUUUAAGAUUAUGCAGCACAUUAUAUUCAAUUAAUUUUUAACACGACAUGCAUAUAUUUUACAGAUAUAGAUUGAAAACAAGAAAAGAAGUUUUAGAACUUAUCUUGUUCCAUAUUUUGUCUUUGUAAUCCUAGAGAGUAAAGUACCUACACAAAAUGAAAUAAAUAUUGUCUUUAGAGUAGGUUUCAAUCUUUACAUUCUCCAAACAGAAUUCAAUUUUCCAUUUCUUGUGUGCUACUUGGAGAUGAAGCAAAGUAUUUUACUCUGUAAAUGAAGUUUGAAAGAACAUAUCUUCAUAACUGUACAUAGCAUAUUUGUAAUUACAACAAAUGCAGUAUCUUUUGAAAAGGUUAUCAAAAAUUUUGGCCAGUAAUUUUCUCUCUCAGACUACAUUGGCCUCCGUUUGCCAUCUUAAAUGUGUUUGGAUCAAGUGAUAUUUAUAUUGCACCUCUGUAUUUAUGGUCUGCAGCAUGUUAUUAGAUUUAUUGUGGUAAGAUUUUCUGAUUUAAGCCUAGAUAUGCAUUUCAUUGUGGUUCCAUGUGGAAUGUAAUGCAACUUUCACAGUGACAUGAAAUGAUAUCUAAAGCUGAAAUUGAGAUUUCUCUGAAAUUUGCUACACUACCUUGUACCCAGAAAUUGACUCUAGAAAAAAAAAAUUGAUCCAGAAAAUCCUUUAGACUUGUAAUAAAAGACUUCAGAAAAACCAGACAUCAAGUGUAGCGCAAAACAUAUAUAUUAUGACAAGUCAGUCUUGCUAGGAAUGCACAGGAAUGGUUUUUCUGGGGUAACAUGCUUACUUGUGUGUUACCAUCCAUUAAUGUUAAAUCAUGUUUCUUUUAUACAGAAUAAGAAUAAAUUUUACUUCAUCAGA